AUGUCAUAUUUUUGUUCCAGAAUAAUUUUCCAACGAUUCCAAAUCAAACAAAUAAAAAAAUUCAACUUUAGUAAUGUGUCGGGAGGUCCAAAUAAACAUGUUGAAUUUCCCAAACGUAAUAAACCAAUAUUUGGAAAAGAUGGUCCGAUUACCUGGAAAACUGUUGGAAUUACUGGUGUUUUGGGAGCUGGUAUGGUCACAUACUUAUUAUAUCUUAAAGAAGAACAAGAAGAAAAACAAAGGCGAGAGAGAAAGCGUCAGUUAGGAAAAGCACAAAUUGGAGGUCCAUUUGAGUUACUCGAUGGAUCCAACAACAUUGUAAAAAGUGAACAAUUUUUGGGGAAGUGGAUGCUCAUCUAUUUUGGUUUCAGUCAUUGUCCAGAUAUAUGUCCUGAUGAAUUAGAAAAAAUGGCAUUAGUUGUAGAUAAUCUUGAAAAAGAAGACAUGAAUACAGGCAUUCAAGGUAUUUUCAUCACUGUAGAUCCAGACAGAGAUACUCCUAAAAUUGUAGAUAAAUAUAUUAAGGAAUUUUCUUCAAAAUUCAUUGGUUUAAGUGGCACUUCGGAUCAAAUUCAGCAAGUCUGCAAGAGAUAUAGAGUUUAUUACAGCCCUGGAAAGAAAGACGUCGAUAAUGAUUAUAUUGUGGAUCAUACGAUCAUUAUGUACUUGGUUAAUCCAGAGGGUGAAUUCAUAGAUUAUUUCGGACAAAACAAAACUGCAGAUGAAAUAGUAGAACAUAUUUUGUUACACAUGUUUAAAUUCAAACAAGAAAAAGGUUCAUUGUUAAGCAACACUCUAGAAAAGAUAAACUCAUUAAGUGGGAAAAAAAUUGUUACGUCAUAA